AUGAGCGAACCCACUCACCCCACUAUCAAAGAUGGCUGGUUCUCAGAAAUUUCCGAUAUGUGGCCAGGCCAGGCGAUGACGUUAAAAGUCAAUCAGAUUCUUCACCAUGAAAAAUCCAAAUACCAAGAUGUUCUGGUAUUCGAGAGCAGCGACCAUGGCACUGUCCUUGUGCUGGACAAUGUCAUCCAAUGUACAGAACGUGAUGAAUUUUCAUACCAAGAGAUGAUCACACAUCUCGCGAUGAACUCCCAUCCUAACCCCAAGAAAGUACUCGUCAUUGGUGGAGGUGACGGAGGCGUCCUGCGCGAAGUUGUCAAGCACGAAACCGUCGAGGAGGCUAUCCUCUGCGACAUCGACGAGGCCGUCAUCCGCGUCUCCAAAAAAUACCUCCCAGGAAUGAGCGUCGGCUUCCAGCACCCUAAUGUAAAGGUGCACGUGGCCGAUGGAUUCAAGUUCCUCGCAGACCGCAAGAACGAAUUUGACGUCAUCAUCACUGACAGUUCGGACCCAGAAGGACCAGCAGAGGCCCUGUUCCAGAAACCCUAUUUCGAGCUGCUGUUCAACGCCCUGCGUGAAGGCGGUGUCGUUACCACUCAAGCCGAAAACCAAUGGCUGCACCUCUCUCUCAUCACAGAUUUGAAGCGAAACAUCCGCGAGAUCUUCCCCGUGGUGGAGUACGCCUACACGACGAUCCCCACCUACCCCUCGGGCCAGAUCGGGUUCAUGGUCUGCUGCAAGGACGCGAGCAGGGACGUGCGCGAGCCUGUGCGCAGCUGGACGCGUGCGGAGGAGGAGAAAUUGUGCCGGUAUUAUAAUAAGGAGAUUCACCGCGCGAGCUUUGUUCUGCCGAAUUUCGCCCGGAAGGCGUUGGAUAUGUAG